UUGGGACUGAACUCUCGCUGAAUACAUGGUGCAACAUUAGGACCCAGCAGAGACUACCAUGAUUUGGGCAGUAGGUAAAGCUCUGACAUUCCUUUCAUUCCAGUGUGAAUGGGGCUGAUUGUUGUGUCCUGGAUCUGAGUUUUUCCUCUGCAUCUCGAUCCGUUUUCUACACAUCAUGUCAAGCAGCACGUUUGCACGGUAGCCGCUUUAUGCAAUUUUUUUUUUUUGGUGGGGACAAAGCUAGCCAUGGUAGCCUCAUGCGGAUUGCAAAGUUUCUGCCGGGAACUUCUGAGCAAGCAGUGAAAGUUGAGGAUCCUCUUUGCAACUUCCACCCUUCAAACUUCCUUGGGAUCUCAGAGGUGGAAAUGAGAGGUUCAGAGGAUGUUGCAGCUGGAACAGUUUUACGGCGAUUGAUCCAGGAGCAGCUGAGGUAUGGCAAUCCAAAUGAGAACAUGAAUCUGCUGGCAAUUCAGCACCAGGCCACCGGGAGCGCAGGACCAUCCAACAGCACUACAAGCACACUUUCUUCCACAGAAAACCUCACACAAGAAGACCCACAAAUGCUCCAGCAGUCAGCACGCCAGGAACCUCAGGGGCAAGAACAUCAGGUGGACAAUACUGUGAUGGAGAAACAGUCCAGGGCCACACAGCCUCAUCAGAACAAUGAAGAACUACCAACUUAUGAGGAGGCGAAGGCCCAGUCCCAGUUUUUUAGGGGCCAGCAGCCAGGUGCUGUUGGCCCAAGUUUUUACAUUGCUGGAGUGUCCAGUCAGAAAUCGAGAACGGAAGGGAGACCAACUGUGAAUCGGGCCAACAGUGGGCAGGCUCAUAAAGAUGAAGCACUUAAAGAACUUAAGCAGGGUCAUGUCCGAUCUCUAAGCGAGAGGAUAAUGCAGCUGUCCUUGGAGAGAAAUGGUGCUAAGCAACACCCUCCUACCUCAGGGAGUAACAAAGGCUUCAAAACUGGAGGACCCCCACUCACUCAGCCUUCUGGCAAAGGAAUGGAUCCCAGAGGUCCCCCACCCGAGUACCCCUACAAAGCCAAGCAGGUGGUGUCACCAGUCAGCAAGACUCAGGAACACGGGUUGUUUUAUAAUGACCAGCACUCGGGGAUGAUGCAGAUUCUCAAACCCUCCUACCCUGCUCCUCUGCCAGCAAGAACGGAAGGAGCAGUUGUCAGAUACCAGCCUCCCCCAGAAUAUGGUGUGACAAGCCGACAAUGUCAACCUGCUUUUCCAUCGGUGCCGGUACAGCAGCACAGUCCAAUGUCCUCCCAGGCCUCCUCCAUUACUGGCCCACUGCACUCAGCAACCUUGCCACCGCUCCCAUCAGCUGUAACUGCCCAGCCUCCACCUGCGACUCCACCAAGCCAGCAGCUCACGCCUGAUGCAUAUGCCAUUGUGGAGCGAGCGCAGCAAAUGGUGGAGAUGCUGUCGGAGGAGAAUCAUGUUCUGCGGCAGGAGCUGGAGGGAUACUAUGAGAAGGCAGACAAACUUCAGAAGUUUGAAAUAGAAAUUCAGAGGAUUUCAGAAGCCUAUGAGGGCCUGGUCAAGACCACCACUAAGAGAGAGUCUCUGGACAAGGCUAUGAGAAACAAGCUUGAAGGAGAAAUUAGGAGACUUCACGAUUUCAACAGGGAUCUCCGUGACCGACUGGAGACUGCCAAUAGGCAGCUAGCCAGCAGAGAAUUUGAUGGGCAUGAAGAUAAGGCAACAGAGGGCUUUUAUGCCUCUCAGAACAAAGAGCACUUGAAGGAGAGGGAGAAGCUGGAAAUGGAAUUGGCAGCCGUGCGGUCUGCCAGUGAGGAUCAGCGAAGACACAUCGAAAUCCUGGACCAGGCACUGAACAAUGCUCAAGCCAAGGUCAUCAAACUGGAAGAGGAGCUGCGUAAGAAGCAGGCCUAUGUCGAGAAAGUGGAGAAGCUGCAGCAGGCUCUGACCCAGCUCCAGGCAGCAUGUGAGAAACGGGAGCAGAUGGAACGGCGAUUGCGCACGCGGCUGGAGCGGGAGCUGGAUUCGCUGAGGAUGCAGCAGAGACAGGGGAACUACCAGGCCGAAAGCCUGCCAGAACACAAUGCCCCAGCACUGAUGGAGCUAGUGCGGGAAAAGGAGGAGAGGAUUCUGGCUCUGGAAGCUGACAUGACCAAGUGGGAGCAGAAGUAUCUAGAGGAGAGCACAAUCAGGCACUUUGCCAUGAAUGCAGCAGCCACAGCUGCAACAGAAAGGGAUACCUCAGUCAUUAACCACUCGCGGAAUGGCAGCUACAACGAGAAUUCCCUGGAGGUUCGAAUAUGGCAGGAAGAGGAGGAGAUUGUUCAAGCCAACCGGAGGUGUCAGGACAUGGAAUACACGAUAAAGAAUCUACAUGCGAAAAUAAUUGAGAAAGAUGCCAUGAUCAAGGUCCUUCAGCAGCGUUUGCGGAAGGACGCUGGGAAAACAGACAGCACAAGUUUACGGCCUGCUCGAUCGGUCCCGUCCAUCGCUGCAGCAACGGGUGCGCAUUCCCGCCAGACCUCUCUCACCAGCAAUCAGAUAGCUGAGGAAAAGAAGGAGGAGAAGACCUGGAAAGGAAGCAUAGGGUUGCUGUUAGGAAAGGAUCAUCACGACCAUUCAUCAAUCCCUGCACUGCCUCCCUUACCUCCCUCUUUGUCCUGUGCAGCCUCCUCCUGGCCAGUCAGCGCCUCCCAUGCUAAAACAGGCAGCAAAGACAGCAGCACUCAGACUGACAAAAGCUCUGAGCUUUUCUGGCCAAACACUGCCUCUUUCCCAGGCAGGGGAAGGCUAAGCACCACCCCUUCUAACAGCCCUGCCCUGAGACACACAGGAGCCAAAGGCGCUAGAGAUAAGCUGGAGAACUCCCCCAGCCAUGGGAAGCUGUCAGAUAGCAAAGGCCGAGUAAGCAGUUUGGUCCACAAGCCUGAAUUUCCUGAUGCCGACAUGAUGGAAGUCCUCAUCUGAGGAAAGAGUGACCUUCCUCAGGAUUUUGGGCAAAUACAUUCAAGUCCACGGAGGCCAAUGUUGUGCAAAUCUUAAAAACUAAAUAUACGAGUCUGAAGAAAGUCUGAGAAAGAUUGAGUCUGGAAGGAGCCUAGAGGCUGAGAUGAAUAAGACUUCGAAUUACAGAGGGAAAAGAAAGAGAUAUAAACAUGAAACGAAGGAUGCUGAAGGUGGACAUGAAUGGCUGGAAUAUUCUGACAACAGAAGGUGAUAAAGAAACAUGGAUUUACAAAGAGAUGGUAAAGGAAAUAGGAACUGCAUUUUCUAUUUUAGAGAAAAGGUAUCUUUUUACCAUUUACAACAGUGUUCUAUAAUGUUGUUCUAUUUUACUCGCUAGCUACAACCAAGACAGAGACUGAAAUCCUGGCUCUGUUGAAGUCAGUGGGAGUUUGUGAAUUGUCCAGGAGAAGUUUAAACUUUUCUCAAAUUUAGUCAUUAUUCAUAAUUGUUCACCAGAUUAUUUUAGCGAAAAAUUCUUGGUCUGUAGAUUGUGCACGAAGCAGUUUGUUGUAAGUAUUUGUUUCAAGCCAGGUUGGUUUGUUUUGAUUGGAUGUAUAGGUCUUUCCUGAUUGGAUGAGUGCUACUCUUGGGAUCAGGUUUCCAAAGCAAAUACUCAUGUUUUGCAAAUUCAAAAUUUGCUCAAAAUUUACUGUUGCCAUGAGCAUUUCUUUGCUAGAAUUUGCAUAGAAGAUGCGUGUAAAAGGGGCAUAAACCCUGUGAAAGCAAUUUCUUUUACAAUUUUGGUAACUAUUCAGGGGAAAAUGUUGAGCGUAUUCCCUCAGCUCUAAUACAUAAAACACACACACAAAGCUGUGCAAGCAGCAGAUUGUACAUACAUUCAAGUGCUAAAAGUUAUUACCCAUGAGGGCUUGGAGACAAUGGGCAUUCAGGAUGCUCAGCACCUCACAGGGAACAACAUGGUGCCGCUGUAGAUGUAUUCUCUGGCUUAUUAAAAUAAUAGUAUAGUAUUCUGCAGUAUCUGUCCAAACUGCUUCAGCAUUGUCAGUGGGGCAAAUCCUACCCUCCAGUUGUUACUGAGGAUGAAUUUGAGCAUGUAAUGGCAGGCAGAGUUUCAGGCCAGGGUUACUACAGUGUUUGGGGCCAAUUACUGUAGAGGUUUGAGCGGAAUGUGGAGAUCAUUGACUGAUUUCAGCCUAGUUCAUCCAGGUUUACUACUUGCAAUUGAGAUCAGAAUCAGGCCCUUGGGUGUAUAUUAAAUAAUAUCAAUAAAUUAAUCAAUACACUUAGGAUGAGAAAUAAUAAACGUCCUCACUUAAAAAUGGAUUUCCACUGCACGUGGCACUGCAGGAAUUAAUUCACACAACUGUAUAGCAUGGGUCAGUUUGUUGGUAAGAUUUCUACAGCACUUCAUAGCUGCCUGUCUGGGAUGUUUACAUUCAUUUUAAAAGACAGCCUGGUUGUGUAAAUGAGAAAGGAUGUUUCUGAACAGGCACGGAAAUUCUCCUAAUCCUUUUUUCCGUAUCUUAAAGCAGGGGUUCACAAACUGGGAGUCGAGACCCCUCAGGGGGUCACAAGGUUCGUACAUGGGGGGUCGCGAGCUGUCAGCCUCCACCCCAAACCCUGCUUUGCCUUCAGCAUUUAUAAUGGUGUUAAAUACAUUAAAAGUGUUUUUAAUUUAUAGAGGGGGUUGCACUCAGAGGCUUGCUAUGUGAAAGGGGUCACCAGUACAAAAGUUUGAGAACCACUGUCUUAAAGGGACCAGCCCUUAUAUAAGGUGCCAUUCCUCACACGAGUCGAGGUUACCGGAUGGGGCUCGAAUUUUGAUUAUGACACAUGUGCAUGUGUGUUGAGAGAUGGAAGAUUUAACAUUUCUAAGUUCACCAGGUUAGGGUCCCUGAGGGAUAUUUUGGUGGUGAGUUUGUAUAUUUACACAUGCAUAACCAUUGCUGUCUAAAUGAUCAUUCCUUAGAAGUGACAUUCACCCCCCCAUGCAGAGGCGCCUGCACAAGACCUGUGCCCCACUUAAACCCUCCCACUAAGGCUUAAAUGGGAUGAAAGUGGUACCUGGCUCUCUGCACAGGGGUGAAUUUCAUCCUCCAUGAUUCAGCCAGAAUUUGGUCAAAUCAAAACACGUUUUCGAGGAACAGGACUAUGUCUGCAGAGUUCCUCAACAGGAGCUAUUGGUGCUGGAAUUCACCUUUUCAUCACUUUGGUUGUGGGGCUGUUCAAAGAAAGGUCACAAGAAUUCUUUUUUUUUCCCACUCAAAUACGGCUGGAGAUUUGUUCAAACUAAAAAAUAAAUGGCUUCUGGACAGAGCCCAAGUUUUGAAAAUGUCUCCCCAAAGUCUAAUAACUGGGAGCCUAGAGACUCCCCAUGCGCUAAACUUGGCUCAGCCAUUGUCUCGCUGUGUGUCCUUGGGCAAGUCAGUCGAUCUCUCUGGGCCUGAUUCAUCGCUGUGCUACUCCAGUUUUACACCAGCGUCACUGACCUAAGAUGGGAGGAGCGCAGUGUAGCAUCAGGCCUUGUGUGUUUGAGCGACCCCAGCUGUAAAACGGGGAUAGGAAUCCUUUCCUUCCUACCAGGGCUGUGGAGAAGGUUGGUGUUUGUGCAGUGCUUCAAUGAUGCAAAGCACUAUAUAAACAAGUGCUUAGUGUUAUUAACCCAAAAAAAUCUCCCCAGGAGAAACCAGCCCCCUCCCCCCCCCC